AUGCUGUCGGGGUGGAGACUUGCUGUGUCAAAACUAUUUAUAAUUCCUCAACGCUAUGUGUUGUCUAUCAUGGCCCUGUUUGCGAUAGCGAACGCCUACACAAUGCGGGUGUGCCUCAAUUUAGCGAUCACUCAAAUGGUCAAGAAACGGGACACGAGUGUAGGAAGUAUACAUUACGAUCCAGAUGCAUGUCCGGAUUACAACGAAGUAGCAAAUACUACGAUGAAACUAGCUGAUUACCUUCUGCGGGCGCAGGGCGGGGUGGAAAAGUUCGAUUGGAGUGAAGCAACGCAGGGUUUACUUCUAAGUUCCUUUUACUACGGGUACAUAUUGACACACUUACCGGGGGGUAUAUUGGCAGAAAGGUUUGGAGGUAAAUGGGUGUUGGGCUUGGGCCUGCUAUCGACAGCGGUUUGCACCUUAAUCACGCCUUUUGCUGUCAAGCAAGGAGGCGCUGUGGCUCUUUUCGUUUUGAGAGUCAUCGAGGGUCUAGGAGAAGGUCCCACUAUGCCAGCUAUGAUGGCAAUGAUCUCAAAAUGGAUUCCUAAAUCAGAAAGGGGCAGAAUGGGGGCAAUAGUAUUUGGAGGGGCGCAAAUUGGAAAUAUUGGGGGAUCAUACUUUUCGGGUUUGAUAAUGCACGAGGGUAGUUGGGAAAACGUGUUUUACCUGUUUGGUGGUUUCGGCUUGGCUUGGUUUAUUAUUUGGUGCUUCAUUUGCUAUAGCACACCAAACACGCACCCCUUCAUAUCGGACAGUGAGAAGAAAUUUUUAAACGAGAAUGUGGCAGCCCUAAUUCAUAGCAAGGAACAAGACUUGGACCCAGUACCGUGGAAGGCCUUGCUACGCUCAUUACCACUUUGGUCGCUGAUUAUUGCAGCUAUUGGCCACGAUUGGGGUUACUUCACAAUGAUAACCGAUUUGCCAAAAUACAUGACAGAUGUUCUGAAAUUCAAUAUCAAGUCCACUGGUAUACUCUCCGCUGCACCCUACGUUGCUAUGUGGAUCGCGUCCUUCUUCUUUGGAAUUAUGUGUGACCUGUUCAUCAAACGAGGCUAUCACAGUAUUCAGAACGCACGUAAAAUAUAUACAACUAUUGCUGCAACUGGUCCAGGAAUAUGUAUCAUUCUGGCAUCCUACUCUGGGUGUGACACAACUCUCGCGGUCUUCUGGUUCAUAGCAGCUAUGACUCUCAUGGGUGCCUACUACAGUGGUAUGAAAAUCAACGCCCUCGAUAUAACACCAAACUAUGCUGGAACUACUACAGCCCUUGUUAACGGAAUUGCUGCUAUAUCUGGCAUCAUUUCUCCCUAUUUGAUUGGACUUCUUACUCCACAAUCUACAUUAAAACAAUGGCGGGUCGCAUUCUGGGUUUGUUUAGGAGUGUUGGUCGUGACUAAUGCGAUUUAUUUAGUCUUUGCAAAGGGAGAACAACUAUGGUGGGACGACGUGAAGAAACAUGGAUACCCAGCUGGGUGGAAGCACGGUCCUUUACCCACGAGGGAGCAAGACCCAGAAAAGGACAAAACAAAGACAAAUGAAAAACAAUGA